AUGGUUGAUGUUGUACACGAACCAGUUGUUGCUGUGGUUGCCAGUGAAUCGGCUGUUGAAGAGAUUGUUGCAGAGGUUGUUGCUCUUGAACAAACUGCAACUGAAUCAACUACUGUUGGGGUUGUACCUGAACCAGUUGUUGCUGAGGUUGUUGCACCUGAACCAGUUGUUGCGGAGGUUGCACCUGAACCAGUUGUUGCGGAGGUUGUUUCACCUGAGCCACCUGUUGCCGAGGUUGUUGCACUUGAACCAGUUGUUGCCGAGGUUGUUGCACUUGAACCAGUUGUUGCCGAGGUUGUUGCACCUGAACCAGUUGUUGCAGAGGUUGUUGCACCUGAACCAGUUGUUGCAGAGGUUGUUGCACCUGAACCAGCUGUUGCUGAGGUUGUUGCACCUGAACCAGCUAUUGUUGAGGUUGUGCCUGAACCAGCUGUUGUUGAGGUUGUGCCUGAACCAGCUGUUGUUGAGGUUGUUGUGCCUGAACCAGCUGUUAUUGAGGCUGUUACUCCUGAGCCAACUGUUGCUGAACCUGCAGCACCUAAACCAUCAGUUGCUGAGGCUCCAGUAUCUGAACCAGCUGCAGCAUAG